GCGAAAUGCAGACGAUCAAGUGCGUCGUCGUUGGAGAUGGAGCUGUCGGUAAAACUUGUCUCCUGAUCAGCUAUACCACAAACAAGUUUCCUUCUGAGUAUGUGCCGACAGUCUUCGACAAUUACGCCGUCACAGUAAUGAUCGGUGGCGAGCCAUACACAUUAGGAUUGUUUGAUACUGCUGGACAGGAAGAUUACGAUCGAUUAAGGCCUCUAUCGUAUCCACAGACCGACGUGUUUCUUGUUUGCUUCUCCGUGGUUGCUCCAGCUUCAUUCGAGAAUGUCCGAGAAAAAUGGGUGCCUGAAAUUUCGCAUCAUUGCUCAAAGACCCCAUUCUUGUUAGUUGGUACUCAAGUCGAUCUCAGGGAUGAUCCAGGAAUGCUCGAGAAACUGGCAAAAAACAAGCAGAAACCAGUGUCAACGGAUGUUGGAGAGAAGUUGGCAAAGGAAUUGAAAGCAGUGAAAUACGUUGAAUGCUCAGCGUUGACGCAGAAGGGACUGAAAAAUGUAUUCGACGAAGCCAUUCUGGCCGCUCUCGACCCACCACAACAGGAGAAGAAGAAGAAGUGCAAUAUUCUCUAGGAACGUCUUCCUUGUCUCCAUGUUUUCCUCUGUUUUGUGACUGUGUUUUUCUUUCUAUGUCCAAAUUUUCUUAGCCCCCGACUUCCACUCUUCUCAUACUUCUAAAUUUCCCUGAAAAAUGCCAAACGAGAAGCGGUUGCUGUUAUUUUUGACAGCAUCAUAGAAGAUGAUUUUCUUCAAUUCGUCUCCUGUAACUUAUCCAGUAGAAUCUCGAUGAGCAUGAUUCCAGAAUUUUUUAAUUGUUUCGUAUAGAAUUUCGAUAAGCAGGGCAGUUUAUAGUUUCUCAUCUGUUUUCGAAUUUUUAUCGAAUAAUCCCCUCGAAAAUUUUUAAAAGUUCAUCCAAAUUAACUAUCAUUCUUUUCAAUGACACCUCCUCUUUAACAUUUUCGUCGUCGUUUUUAUUUUCUUUUUUAUCCCAAAACGUGUUUAUAGUCCGGAUACACCGUUACGUAAUGCGCCUUCUCCUUUCCCAUGGUUCUUUUUAUAAUUAUAUAAUAGGUGUUGUAUAGCACAACCAACUACAUCCCGAGUCGCUUGUUUCUUCAUUUGCUGCUCAAAAAUACCGACCAGUUUGUUUUUCUUCUUUCCUUUUUUUUGUGCUUUUCUGCCUUCACACAUCCAUUUCCCAUUUUAAACUGUUUUCUCAUCCACUACGUUUUGUGUCUCCCUCCUCCUUUCUCCAGAACAACUCUGUAUUUUAAUUUUUCUACAUAUUGUUGUUAUAUAUUUGCGAUCCAAAACAAUAAAGGUGUGAUAUAAAAAAUU